UGCACAAUGAGAAAAACUGGGAGAAUUAUGUGUCAUUGUUAUGGUGAUACCAGAUACGCUGCAACGCUAACUCGCUACGCUGCAUGGAUCUGAGGCUGAGAACUAGUGGAAGGAAACACGUGAUCGUGCCACACCCGAAACGCCAGACGACUGGUUAUGUAGCAGUCGCGCCACGUGCACGAAAGACACGCCGUCGCCCGAUCAAUAUGUCUGCUCUGAGUGGAGUGUUUAUUGCUUUCACAAAAGGUAGGGAAGGAUGCAGUAGAAGGUACCCAGUUCAAGAACAUUUUUGUCCAGUCCUAGUAAUAAGUAAGGUCUUAUCAAGUUGCUGGAGAAUGAGUGGAAGCAAUCCAGAAUCAAAGGAAAAAUUAGUUGGCAGAGAACUGUAUGUGACAUGCACGGAAUCAUGCUUUAGAAUAUCAGAAGAUGGAUCUGAAGAAAUUGAUGAGUUGAGAUCCCCACAAGAGGAAGCGGAUAUAAUAUUUUUUCUUCAUGCUGCUCAUGCAACCUCAUCAGAACAUAAGGCAGUGAAAACUGUUUCUGAUUACACAGAUAUUCUAAUUCUUUGUAUGGCUUUCAUUAGAGAAAUCCAGUAUCCAAUGUAUCAAGAAUGUGUGACACAAACCUGCAACACGUACACUGACAUAAAAAAAGUUGCACAGUGUCUUGGCAAGGAUGUCAGCAUGGAACUUCUUAGCUUUCACGCUAUUACAUGAUGCAGCACAAUAACUGAAUCUGCUGGACGUACAAAUGUAUUUGCCCUGAAGAUUAUCAAGACACAUCCAGAAUACCAAGAAGACCGUAUAUGGGAGCACAGAUGCAGGGGUUCGAAUCCUGGUAAUUCCACAAAAAGCUUUCUUGGCAUACAAAAUGUCUGCUAUAACAUUCUGACGAUGGCCGGAGAAUUAAUUAGUCGAAAUGUUGUGAAAAAAAUAAUACACAUAAUAAAGACGAAAAUAAUAGUUCGAAUA